AUGGGCUCAUGGCCAAUAGUGGCUGGCGGCGUGGGCCCCGCCCUGUCAGCUGCUUGUUUCCACGGGACGAGUGGGAGGGGCGAGAGGCGGGACGAAGCAGGAGUGGGGCGGGGCUGGAGAAGGGGAGGGGCCCACGACCCGGCCAGCGGAGCCGCGGAGGACAAGCUGCUGAGGUGGCUGUCGCCGGCUCAGAGCUGCGGCUUCCCGGGUCUAGCCUCCCCGAUGGAGGCCGAGGCCGCGGAUGCCCCCCCGGGAGGGGUCGAGGCGGCACUCAGCUGCUUCUCUUUCAACCAAGACUGCACAUCCCUAGCAAUUGGAACCAAAGCCGGUUACAAGCUGUUUUCUUUGAGUUCUGUGGAGCAACUGGACCAAGUCCAUGGAAGCAAUGAAAUCCCUGAUGUGUACAUCGUGGAGCGCCUCUUCUCCAGCAGCCUGGUGGUGGUGGUCAGCCACACCAAACCACGGCAGAUGAAUGUAUAUCACUUCAAGAAAGGCACAGAGAUCUGUAAUUAUAGCUACUCCAGCAACAUCUUGUCCAUAAGGCUGAACAGGCAGAGGCUGCUGGUCUGCCUGGAGGAGUCCAUUUAUAUCCACAACAUUAAAGAUAUGAAGCUGUUGAAGACCCUCUUGGAUAUUCCUGCAAACCCAACAGGUCUGUGUGCCCUCUCUAUCAACCAUUCCAAUUCUUACCUGGCCUAUCCUGGGAGCCUGACUACAGGUGAAAUUGUGCUUUAUGAUGGAAACUCCCUGAAAACUGUCUGCACCAUCGCUGCUCAUGAGGGGACACUAGCCGCCAUCACCUUCAACUCCUCAGGCUCCAAACUAGCAAGCGCAUCUGAAAAAGUAAGUCCCCAACAUCCCCUCUUGUCUGGGGGGGUCCUGAGGUGCCCAGAGGUCUGAUGGGAAGAGGCUGGAGACAUGAUGCUCGAGUGGUCUCUGGAUCUGCUUUCUUUAAGAGUGAGGAUUUCUACAUGGGUGGCUCACACCUGUAAUCUUAAUUACU